AUGAUUUCCGCCAAGAUGUCCACCGCCGCGCGGGCGGCGACCUUGCGCUCUCAGCCGGCGGUCUUCAGAGCCGCUUUGCAAGGAUUCCGGGCUGUUUCAUAUUCGGCAUUCCCAGUUCAGACUCUGAAGCUGUCUGGUAAUACCCAAAGGAACAGUCUUCAGCCGACUUGCCUCCCGGUGUCCCAGCUCGUCUCGCCUUUUGCCGCCCUGCCCUUGACCCGUUCUUUCCACGUCGCCACUCCUCUGUCCCAGCAACAGCAACAACAACCGCCCAAGGGCGAGAAGAAGGGCGAGGAUUCCAAUUCCGAACCACACGAUGAGAAGGAGCAAUCAGACAAGGAGGAGCAGAAGGAGAAGAAGGAAGAGGCGCCUCCGCCACCCCAUGGCGACAAGUCGCCAUGGCAAGUGUUCCGCGACACCCUUCAGACCGAGUUCAAAGCUUCCAAGGAAUGGAACGAGUCCACCAAGGCUCUGGCUUCCUCUGCACAUGAGUUCUCUGAGAACGAGAACAUCAAGCGCGCCCGUGCGGCCUAUGAGGCGGCCUCGGGUGCCGCGACUUCUCACACGUCCGCUGCUCUUAAAACGACCGGUCAAGCAAUCGGAAAAGGCGCCGCCUGGACAUGGAACACCCCCGUCGUCAAGGGUGUCCGUAAGGGUGUUACCGCCACUGGUGCUGGACUCGAGAAGGCCACAAGACCCGUUCGGGAGACCGAGGCUUUCAAAAGUGUGAAGGAUGCCAUUGAUGAUGGCAGCAGCUCGCGCUACGGUGGAUGGGUUGAGAAGGAGGAGCGUCGCAAGCAGCGCCAGCUUCGUGAGGAGAUGGAAAUCAAGUCUGGCAAGCGCCGGGCCGAGCAGAUGGUGGAGGACCCGAACGCCGGUACCAACGUUACUCUUCACAAAGAUGCGGCUUGGAAGGAGUCAUGGCGCACCUUCCGCGACUCUAACCCAGCCAUGCAGAAGCUCUUCUCUCUGAGGGAUGUGUACGACGAGUCCGAGAACCCGCUCAUCAGCACUGCUCGCAGCAUUACUGACCGGAUCGGUGGCUUCUUCGCCGAGAAUGAGACUGCCAUGGUCGUCAAGAAGUUCCGCGAGAUUGAUCCCAACUUCCAGAUGGAGGAAUUCCUGCGUGAGCUGCGUGAAUACAUGCUGCCCGAGGUUCUGGAUGCCUAUGUGAAGGGAGACAUCGAGACCCUGAAGCUCUGGCUCUCUGAUGCGCAGUUCUCCGUCUACGCCGCCCUGUCCAAACAGUAUACCACUGCCGGUCUGAAGUCUGAUGGCCGCAUUCUGGAUAUCCGCGGUGUCGAUAUUUCCAACGCCCGUCUGUUGGACCCUGGCGAGAUUCCGGUGUUCGUUGUCACCUGCCGUGCGCAGGAAGUCCACGUUUACCGUAAUAUCAAGUCCAAUGAGCUUGCUGCUGGUAUGGAGGACAAGGUUCAGCUGGUCACCUACGCCAUUGGUUUGACUCGUAUUCCUGAAGAAGUCAGCAACCCUGAGACUCGGGGCUGGAGAUUGAUCGAGCUGCAGAAGGCCGCUCGCGACUACAUCUAA